UGGAGCUGCGACACACGGAGUCAGUGGUCUGACUGACUGGAAAUGACUGGUGCAGAGAAACUUUUUGGACACGAGUUAAAAUAGAUUUCAAGAGAUACAUUUAACAACAGGAAUACGCCAAAUAAAUGGGACAACAAAAAUCGCGAGAGCCUGAAUCGCUCCAGUUGAACGCGCGGUUCAGUUUGGCCAACUUUGUGAACUAAACACCAUCCGAGCUGCCUCAGUCAGCGCAGCAGCAGCAGCAGCAGCAGCAGAGGAACAGGAGACUGGAUGUGGCACAAGGAGACGGGUCAGUGAGCCGCAGAGAGCCGGGUGUGAGUUUCCCAGUGUCCAACUCUCCAAUGUCAGCAGACAGGAUGAUGAUCAUUGGACUCCUGCUCAACAUCUUCUCUCAUGGUGGUGUGCCAGCUUCUGCGUCCUUGGACUGUCUGGUGGCCGAGCAGAGCUGCAUCCAGGUGCAGUCCUGCAAGGUUCUCUACAGGCUGCUGGAGUACUGUGCGGCUGAGGAGGCCGUGUCGCCCCUCGGUGCCGAUGCCCGCUUGGAGUGCCUGGAGGCCCAGAACUCCCUGCAGCACUACCGCCCACUUCGAAUCUGCAAGUGCCAGCGUGGCUCUCGCAGGGAGGAACACUGCCUCAGGGUGUACUGGACAGUGAGGUUUGCAGCGUAUGAGGAGUAUGAGGUGACUCCAUAUGAAGAACUGCAGUUGAAUCUGGUACGAAACAUUGAGAUGUCUCGUAUGGCCUCCAUCAUGGCAGCUUCCACUCUUUCUGUGGACGGACAAAACCAGUGUCUGAAAGCAGCCCAGGACUGCGGCCUGUAUGAGAAGUGUGGCUCCCUGCGGUCAGAAUAUGUCGUAGCCUGCACCAAGCGAGCAACAGUCUCUGACAACAGCUGCAACCGCCAGAAAUGCCAUCGAGCCCUGCGGCGUUUCCUCGAGCGCGUGCCAGAGGAGUACAGCUUUGCUCUGCUCUUCUGUCCCUGCUCUGACACUCUGUGUGGGGAGCGCCGCAGGAAAACCAUCGUCCCGUCCUGCUCCUACGAGGAGAAUGUGAAAGGGGAGGAUAAAGUCGGCAAACCCAACUGCCUUAGCCUGCAGAACUACUGCUCCAGAGACGAGCUGUGUAGAUCCCGGUUUGCUGAUUUCCAACACAACUGCCAGCCCUCCGCUCUGUCUGCCUCUGGCUGUAUGCGAGAGAGUAGAGCCAUGUGCCUGAAGGCCUACACUGGACUCAUAGGCACCAUCAUGACUCCCAACUAUGUGAGCAACAGCAGCACAGAGGUGUCCCAGUGGUGCACGUGUGAGGGCAGCGGGAACGAAUGGCAGGGCUGUCAGCGUAUCCUGCACAUGUUCAGCAGCAACAUAUGCCUGCGCAAUGCAAUCAGCUCCAUGGGAAUCUCUGCAUCUCCUCCUGUGGAAAAAAACACUCCUGCACCCGCUUCGGCGCCCUCCCCGCACGUCUACCAGGAGAGGGUCCAUGUCAGUGUUAACACUCUCCCUGAAUUCAACAGUAUGGAGGACAGCGAGGAAGAGGAGCGGGACGAGGAAGGAAGCGAGGAAUUUAAUGUCAUCCCUCCGUACUCAGAGAAGGACUCUAACAUCGAAUCGGAGGCCAGAGGAAGUACACGGGGAGCAGCCAGCCGAGCAGUACCUGUGUUCCCUUUACUGCUGCUGCCUACAUUCAUCCUGAACUGCCGGAGCUACUGAAGCAUCCGUCUGAUUUUUCCAUCUCCACACACGUAAUGCAACACAGAGGACAUUUGCAAGGGAGAAAUGCUUGAUUUCUUUUUCCUCACUUUUUUCAUUUUUCAAAUACCCAGACUUUACUUUCCUAUUCUGUUUCUGCUAUCACUGCCUCCUCAAGAGCUUAAAGAUAUCAGUAGUGCUGCAGUAUGUGCCGCGUCUUUGCUCCAGUCCGCUCCUAUGAAAGGAAGCCAACAACGUGAGCAGAUAUAUGAGUGCAUGGGUGAAUUUAGAAGUGCUGUCUGGGCAAAUGCUCUAUCUAGAGCCUGCUUCACACUCAAAGUGCAUCCCCUCUUUUAACAAGAAGCACAUCGCCCAAGGCCACAUCCUCUAUACACACUCCAAAAAAACCCUAACCAGGCUGCUCCGCCGCAACCAGACCCUGAGCACGGCUUUUGAUUUCUAUUUCAUGACUCAUGUCACAUCCGUUUCUCCAUUGCCCCUUCGGCUCUUCCUCCCUCCCUCCCCGCUUCGUACUAUGGCUGAGGAGGAUAAUCCCAUUUACAACAAGCUAAUAAGAAACUGCUUCACACUUAAACCUCUUUGUACCAUCGAAAAAACACUUUUUAAAAAAGUAAUUAGUCAAGCAAAAAAGUCACAUUAUGCAUCAUCUUAUGCCUUUUCAUCCUCUGCUUCUCCUCACUUUGUGCUCUAGAAAGAGGGUAAAAGUCUCCCCGCUCUGCUUCUUUUGUUCACACGCCACUUGGUAUUAUUACUACUGAGGGUGAGUGGUGACAAUUCAACCUCGGGCGGACGUAAUGAGAUCAAAUUCCAUUGUAGAAGUGACGAGCAGAGAAAAGCAACACGAGCAAUUACAGCACAACUCAAAUUGCUCCGCAUGCAGGGAAGGUCUAGAGUGAGGCUCAGGGGAGGAAAUAGCCAAUUUACUGCUGUCAUACUCUCUCAGUUUUUUUUCCUUCUCCUUAGGAGGUGUUUUUUUUAGUGCUCCUUUUACCCAUCAUGUGCUUCAGAUGUUGUGAGAGCGAGAUGUGGAGAUAGGGACGGACACAGGAGGCUGUAAAGCCUGCUGGCUGCUCUGAUCAUUGAGCAGCACAUUGAGCCAUUCUCUCUGCCUCAAAUAGCUUCUGCUGAUGUUAAUGAUUUUUUUCUCUUAUGGAUCAUUUUCGUGUGAAAUUACCCAGCUGCGGGGAGGUAAAAGGAAGUAUAGCGAUGUUUUUUGUGGAGGUUAAGUUUGCAAGAAACAAGCCAUCUGAGCUCUGCAAGGAUGUUACAUUUGAUUAUAUUACCGUCAAUUCCUGUAUGUAUUUAGAUAAACAUUCAAAAAGAACAGUUCUCUAAACACAUCUGUGUUCAGGUGCAUAAGAACACUGCACAAACAAGACUUCAACAAAGAAUCAGAUGGAAAAACUUAUCAGACAUACUUCAUCGUGUCCUCCUGGUUUUAACUGUUGUCACUAUGAGGAACACAGCACAUCCAGUUUAAAGACACCAGUUCAAUCCAAACUUUUUGUUGGAUUAAAAACAUUUUGGCCGAUAAAUUUAUGCAGUUUAGUAGCCAUUGUCAGAUUGACCAAAAAGUUAAUUUUGGAGCCUGUAUGUUAUGUAAUAACAGCAGUGACAGAAUGAUGUGGGACUUGAGAAGACAGACCACUGACAUCAUUAAAUUACAAACAAAUUUCACCCCCCAACUCUCUCCUCCCCACAUUUCCUGUCUCUCUUUUAACUGUCCUAUCUAAAAAAAGCAAAAACGCCCCUCAAAAAACAUAUCUAUAAAUAUAACACUCAAAGCCUUCUUAGACGUUUAUAUAUCAAUUGAAGAGGCAAUAUGGGCCAAUCCUUUUCAGCCCCACAGCUGGACUUGUUUACAUGAUGAUUUUCUGAAAUGAAAACUGAACUUUUGAUAAGGGCCAACAGUAAAAAGGCAGAAACGCACUGGAAGCGUGUGAGCUACACUUUUUGCAAAUGCAGGUCCAUCACUACUUCAAACUUGAGUUUGACGUUUAGAAGUCAGAGUUGGACUUCAAUGGAUGUUGUAAGGUUAUUAAACCUGUACUGAGUGAGUGUUACCCGGCCGGGGGAAAUAUGACAUCAUGUAGGUUUUUUUCUAACCUCAGUCUUGUUAAGAGUUACAUUAAAGGAAAGGUGUGAGGUGAAGAGCUCUGAAGUGUGACUGCAAGCUUAGUAGGUGCCAAGAAAAUUACUUAUUUGGAGAGAACAUUUGAAAUAAAAAGUCUGCCCACACGACUCGUUGGUAUCCAAAAGUAUUUGAACCAACACUGAGAUGGAGCGGAGAAAGGCUGAUACAUAAACAUGUUAGAUAAACAUAACCCGUCCUGUUGGCACAGUGCAGUAUCAGUCAUGCUGCUCCAUCAAAUAUCUCAUCUGCAGCUAUUCAUAAAGCAUCUUAAUAAACAACAUCAAGGGUCAAUAACAGCAUCCAGUGCGCUCUGGCCUUAAUGACUGAAUGUGAGUUUACGUGUAUCUUCACAUUUCUAUAAGUUUGUUUAUAUUUGUAAACUAUGUAAAGUAACAGUUUACAUUAAACAUGGCUUUUAUUAUUUUGGAUGAGUAAAGGAGUGGGGGGGAAGUGUAUUAUUCAUCCAUUAAUAAAAUGUGGUAACACUUAGCGAGGGUCCAUGAAUGAUCAUUAACUUAGACAUGACUUCAUGAAUGGCAAAGCAAGAACUCAAUCAUGAGGCAUGAACAAGAAUCAACAGUAACUCAUGUUAGGGAAUCUGGUUUCUAUGGUUAUGUUCUUUUGUUCUUCAUGUCGACAGUAAUCAACUCACCUCUCACAGCUCUUGUGUUCUGGUGAAUUCAAAGAGAAGUUAGUCAUGGCCUAGUGUUAGUCAUGAUUUGGUGACUUCAUCAUGUUGGCUGCCCUUUAAACAAAGUGGAGACCUGCUGUGUCUGGAGGCCUUUUCACAACUGCACUUUGCAGGAUAUAAACGUCCUCACUCGCUCACGAAGUAUAACCUGCUGCUUUUACACAUUGGCUCACUAUGACUAAUUGUCGUUAUUUUACCAAGGGGGGCCGGCAGGAAUAAGGCAGGACAAAGUCGGUUUCAAAAAUGUGUCCAUUUGCCAUCACACAUUGAAAAAUGUCCGAAAAUGUUCAGGAGUUGUGUGAACAGAGCGUUGAACAAUGAUGAAAAAAAAUUCCAACUGACUUAUCCAAACUUGAUAAUUUAAUGGAGUUCAAUAUUUGAUCUAAUUUAUACUGUCAGUCUUUUAAAUACACAAAGCCUUACUUACUUAUUCAUCAGACCUGAUAAAGUCAGUCAAGAACUCAUUAUAAUGAUAAAAGCAGAAAUCUUUCCCCCGUGAAGAAGACAUGAUCAUCGUUGUAUAUUCCGUUUAGUUGAGCUCUUCUUUUUCGACAUGAAGUCAUUAUAAUAUUAAUGAUCAUUCCCUCGACACAAAUGUUACCCAAAAUCUUUUUAAAGUGUUUUGUGAAUAUUUUCUGAAUAAGUUCUGAGUUUUUACCUUUUUAGAUCUAGUUGAGAGACAAUGUACAGUACAAUGUUUCACACGCUUACCUUCUUUUAAAGACAUAUCAAACAUGCCAAAUACUUCUGACUGUACGUGUAAUAACUGUGUAAUUUUGUGACAUAGCAGAACAGUGUGCCAAUUUGUUAAAAGAUGAAUAAAAGUCACAGUGAAAAGGCCA